UUAAAAUGAUCGUGUAUAUGUUUUGAACAUUUGUGAAUAGUGUAUAAAAUUGUGUACUGCAAGAGUACAUACAUUCACGAGGAAUCAAUUAAAUUGCUGGCAAUUUACAAUAUAUUAUAAACAAUGUUUCGUGAUGGUCAAUAUUUGGAAGUAAUUAAGGCUUCAGAUAAUUGUUUAGCUACGGCUGUCGUUACUGUGCAAGAAAAGAUUAUAAAAAUUAAAAAGAAAGAAGUUUCGACUAAUAAGUGGCUUGAUCUCGAGGACUGGGCUGCUUUAUAUAAAAUCCUGAAGAAAGCAAUUUUACGUAACGUUCGAGUUGAAGGAUCGCUCGAGGAUUUUAAAAAAUAUAAAUGGAGAAAAUCUACACGACAGUUGGAUGUCACAUAUACGAUUGAGCCAUCAGAAGACGUAAAAGAUGUUACAUUAUUGCCUACGAUCAGAGUAAAUGUAUCUCCCGCGAAAAAACAAUUGGAUAAAACAGAGGUAGCAAAAACAACAUUGAAGGAAGAAAUUCCGAGCCGAUCGGUGGAAAAAUUGCAGAACCAGUCUACCAGUCAUACACAUCAAAAGGAUAAUAAAACCACUUCGAUAAAAAAAUCGGAAAAUAAUGAUGCAGUUUCGAAGACAUCAAGUAACACAAAAAAUAAUAGGUCUAAAAGAUAUUUACCUACGGAGGCUGCGGAGAAUGACGCGUUAGAGGAAUAUGUACCGGAUGCACCAACGACAAAGAAGUUAUGCGCGGACUUAAAUUAUAUACCGAGUAGGAAGAGUAUGUUGGAAACAAUCCAAGUAUCUUCAAAUGAAUAUUCGCCGAUGGUAUCAGAUAAUAAAAGCAUAGCAGAUGUCGUUCGAUAUGUUCCAAAUUCUAUAGAUUUAUCAAAAAUAUCUUAUGAAACUUAUGAACCUAGUACGACGAUCGCUACUAAUCAUUCCGAAGAAUACAUUCCCAAUUCGAAAGGGGUUAAAGCGUCCGUAGAGGAAUAUCAUCCAGAUUUUACUAGUAAAUUAAUGAAAUUCGAUAAUAGUUAUGUACCAUCGAGUGUUCGGCUAACUAAAGAACAUUCGAAAAGCUGCCCUGACAGGCAUAAAAAGUUGCAAUCAGGGAAACAUUUGUUAAAACAAAACGAAACAUUAAUUAAGCGAAAUAUAGAUCUGUUUUAACCUGAUCGGAAUUUUUCCUAAAGUAUAUUUUCAAAAUGAUAUAUAUAUAUACAAUACAUGAUAUAUAAAUUAUAAUGUAAUAUUAUUUUUAAUACAUAU